UAACCAUGAGUGAAUCUAAUCAAACUAAUCAAUGGAUACAACUUGCAGGUGCCGUUAUUGCAGGAGCAGCCCUUUCCUACUUGUUACAAAGCACUACAAGAAGGAAAUCAGAUAGCAAAGCUCCACUUGAGGAAGCUAAGAAGCCCAGAAAGAAUUCACUCGGAGAAGGCUUAGAUUUGUCUAAGGAAAGAACAUUCACUAUGAGAAAAAUCGAGAAAUUAAAGGAAGGAUCGUCUAAAUUUAUUGAAGGCCUUACAAAUCUUAGCGAAGUCGCUAUUUCAAGAGUCCCUCACUUAGCAGAAACCCAUGACUGUGAUGUAUAUACAAGCCCUCUUCUUGGAGACGCUUCACAAAGAGAUAUAGCAGGCAAGGGAACAACUGGAUUCUUGCCAGAUGAAGCAUUCUCUUCAGUUAAGAAAUUUGUACUUUCUGGAAAAUCUUACCAAUGCUAUGAAGAUAUUGCAAGAGAACUUAAAUUCCUGAGAGCAGGUCCUAGAAAACAAAUUUUCUGGAACCCUAAAGAAGUCAAAGCUGCUAUCGUCACCUGUGGAGGGCUUUGCCCAGGCCUAAAUGUGGUCAUCAGAGAAUUAGUCAUGACUCUCUGGUUUAAUUAUGGUGUCAAGGAUAUCUUUGGUGUAAAAUGGGGAUACCAAGGUUUCCAUAAAGCAUCAAACAUAAUCAAGCUCACUCCUAAAAUAGUAAAGAGAAUCCAUAAUGAAGGGGGUACCUUCCUUGGAUCAUCUCGUGGUGGGUUCGACGAGAAGGUGAUUAUUGACAUCUGCAAAGAAAAAGGAAUCAAUCAUCUUUACAUUAUUGGUGGUGAUGGAACACAUCGAGGAAUUUAUAAGUUAUACGAGUAUGCAACUGAGAACAAAGAAAGGAUAUCCAUCUGUGGUAUUCCUAAGACCAUCGACAAUGAUAUCCCUUUGAUCGAUAAGUCUUUCGGCUUCGAUACAGCCGUUGCUGUUGCAGAACAAAUUAUUUCUUGAGCCAACAAUGAAGCAGAAAGUGCUGAGUUUGGAGUAGGAAUGGUAAAACUUAUGGGACGAGAUUCAGGAGAGAUUGCAGCAGCAGCCGCUCAGGCUUCAAGAGAUGUCAAUAUCUGUCUCAUUCCAGAGUCCCCAUUUGAAGUUGAAGGUGAAUACGGGCUUUGUGAGACAGUUUGUCAAAGAAUAAUCUCUAAAAAUCAUUGCACUAUCGUUGUUGCUGAAGGAGCAGAUGAUGCAAUUAUUGAUGCGAAUCUCGCAAAAGAGGGCAAAGCAGAUGCAGGUGGUCAUGUGAAGCAUGCUGAUAUCGGAACUUAUCUGAAGAAUAAAAUAGUUGCAUAUGCUAAAGAAAACUACGACAUCAAUAUAACUUUGAAAUACAUUGAUCCAACCUACACCAUAAGAUCUGUUUCUGCAAAUGCUGGAGAUACAAUUAUUUGUACGAAACUUGCUCAGAACUCAGUUCAUGCAGCCAUGGCAGGAUACACUGGCUUCUCGAUUGGUACUGUCAAGGAUACGACUGCCAUCAUUCCUAUUAAAUCUAUCAACAACUCUGCGAAGAGAAAGAUGGACCUGAAUGAGAGAACUUGGCAGAGAGUUAUCGCAUCGACAGGACAACCCCAGAUGGUCUGCCCUGAAAACAUGGAGAAAAUCACAGAGAAAGUUCAAGAAUAUGCUCUUGAAAAACAAAAGAAGCAUCAAAAAUUGAUAGAGGAGCAAGUUGUGAUGUCUGAAGUCAUUUUGGAAGCUUUCGAUACCCAGGAAAAUGCCGAAGGGGACGAAGAAAAUGAUUCAUAAAUCUUAUGAACACGAGCUAAAUAAGUACAGACUAGACCUCAAUA